AUGUUGCAAGUUCUUUUGAACAAGAUCAACUCUCACCGCAAGGCCGCCGUGGCCGUGCUUCUAGCGAUGGUCUUGGUCAACUUGUUGAUUGUCCUGCUGUCGAACUACUUUCUGGUGAUUGAAAUUCCCGAUUUCCUCCAGGGCUCUUUUGAAAACAGAAAGAACAUCUUGUUCCUGAAGGUCCGCAACAACCCUAAGAAAUACUGGCUUUCUGAUGCUGCCGAGCUCCACUACUUGGACGCCGACGUGCCUCUUGACCAGGUUUUGCCCACCGAGCAAAGUAAGACCGACAGCACUUUGUGGUAUGAUCCUCGCUUCACCCUUUCCGUGUAUCUCAACGAAUUGAUUCAUAACGACGGCAAGGAGGAUAUGCCCGUGUACCCUUUCCACUGGUCGGACUGGAUUGACCUCACCGGCAUGAACAAGUACUUUGUUGACCAGGAUAGAAUGACGUGCAACAAGCUCAAAUCCAGAAUCAGAGGUCGUCCCGACGUGCUGUACUUUUGCAAAGACAAGCACGAAUUAUCCGACGGCGACAUUGAACGCAUGGGCUGGACCUCUUUGGAGCAGGUUCCCGACGCUGUUAUUUUUGCUCAUUGCAAGCACGACCACAACACAUACAACGACCACCGUUCCUACAUGGCCAAGUCCUACGGCUUGACCAAUCUCCCCAAGCCUUUGAAGGUAAUUAUUUUGAACAAAGAAUCUGGCACCUACGAGUUUUACGUUGACCAGUCCAAGGGCCCCGAGCAGAGACUCAAAAACUCCGGCUUGAUUGACCGCUUCCUCCGCCAGGCUUUGGGCACCUCCGCCCAGGCCGUGGCUAAAGCCGGCACCACAUUUACCGUCAACCACUUGAAGCUCUACAACAAGUUGCUCAGCAAGGUCAAGCCUAAGAUGUUGCCAAAGGACGACGACCCAUACGGCGUCUACCACGUUACUCACAACAACAAGGGCGACUUGCCUUUGAAUGCUGAAAUCUUCCACUACGACAGAUCCUCCGUUGAUGACCAAAUUAGACAGUACGAGGGCAGAAGCAACCUUUCUGUCAUGGAGCAGAACUACUUGGCUGGUCUCCGUGAAUGUGCCCCAUACAACGAUGAAACCGAGCUCACCUACUUCAAGGAACCCACUCUUAACACCAAGGAGUACCGUAACAAGGACAACGAUGUUGGCUGGCAUUACGACUGGCGUUUCUUCACCGAUGCCCUUAUGUAUGACAAGGAGGGCUGGACUAGAGCUGAGCGUACCGUCAGAACCAACAUCAUCUUGGAACGUCUUUUGCGUAACUGGAGUCGUUUUGUUGAAGAGAAGGGUCUUGUUUCCUGGAUCGAACACGGUCCCUUGUUGUCCUGGUACUGGGAUGGUCUCAUGUUCCCCUACGACAACGAUAUCGAUGUGCAAAUGCCUGUCAUGGAAUUGUUGAGAUUGUCUAGAGACUACAACCAGACUUUGGUGCUUGAGGACCCUAGCGAAGGCUAUGGAAAGUUCUUGAUCGACAUCGGUACCUACGUUCACAACAGAGGAAUUUCCAAGAAGGAAAAUCACAUUGAUGGCCGUUUCAUUGACGUGGACUCAGGGAUUUACAUUGAUAUCACUGGUCUUGCCAAGUCUGAAGCAUCUCUUCCUCAGGAGUACAAGGAUAAUCCUAUUGUUGAGAAACUGGACGGCGACAUGGAGGCUGAGGUGUACAAUGACCGCAGAAAGCAUUUCUAUACACUCGAGCAAUUGCAGCCUUUGCACUACUCCAUGAUCAGUGGUGUUCCAGUGUUCAUUCCUCAAGAAAUUGAGAACAGAUUGAGGUUCUCUUACAAAAAGGGUUUGGAGGACUACGAGUUCAACGGCUGGCUCUUUGUGCCCAGCCUCGGCUUGUGGCUUCCUAAGGAGAAGGUGAUUGAGGUGUUGGAAAAGAGUGAGUACACAAGAGAGGGUAAGGAAGAAAAAGAGCUUCUCAUUGAGGCUACCAAGAACUUGACGGAGGAGCAGAUCUUGAAACUUCUCCAAGAUGACGACACUCUCGUGGAAUACUUCUUCACCGUUGACUACACUGAAUUCCACUCCAAGGAGAUGGACUUUUUGUUUGACAAGAAUGGAAAAGAUAGCAAGAAGCUCCAGGUUGCCUCUGUUCGCAACAGAUACAAGGAGUUGACCAAGAAUAUCAACAUGCGCAGUCCGAUGAGAAAGUGUCUCUUUGAGUACGAGAAGUACGACAGAAUCAAGCACCACAGCGAGAAUUAG